GGGGCCGGGCAGGCUGGGGCAGCCAUGGCCGCAGCUCUAAUCUGGAUUCUUCUUGUGGGUCUCUUGGCAGGGCUGGGGGACGCUGAGGCCCAGCAGACCACCCUACAGCCUCUUGUGGGCCGCGUCUUUGUGCACACCCUGGACCGGGAAGCAGUCCUGCGUCACCCCGAGCAUGUCGAUGUGCCCCCCACCACCCCUGUCACCUACCACGCCCACCUCCAGGGACACCCAGACCUGCCUCAGUGGCUCCGCUACACCCAGCGCAGCCCCCACCAGCCUGGCUUCCUCUAUGGCACCCCCACCCCCGAAGAUCGUGGGCGCCAGGUCAUCGAGGUCACAGCCUACAAUCGGGACAGCUUUGACACCACCUGGCGGAGGCUGGUGCUGUUGAUUGGGGACCCAGAAGGCCCCCUGCUGCCAUACCAAGCUGAAUUCCUGGUGUGCAGCCAUGAUGUGGAGGAGGUGCUGCCCUCAACGCCUGCCAGUCGCUUCCUCACAGCCUUGGGGGGGCUCUGGGAGCCGGGAGAGCUCCAGCUACUCAACAUUACCUCCGCCUUGGACCGUGGGGGCCGCGUCCCCCUUCCCAUUGAGGGUCGCAAGGAAGGGGUUUACAUCAAGGUGGGCUCUGCCUCACCCUUCUCCACCUGCCUGAAGAUGGUGGCAUCUCCCGACAGCCAUGCUCGCUGUGCCCAGGGUCAGCCUCCACUUCUGUCCUGCUAUGACACCUUGGCACCUCAUUUCCGCGUUGACUGGUGCAAUGUGUCCCUGGUGGAUAAGUCAGUGCCAGAGCCCGCAGAUGAGGUGCCCACCCCAGGUGAUGGGAUCCUGGAGCAUGACCCGUUCUUCUGCCCACCUACUGAGGCAACAGCCCGAGACUUCCUCACCGACGCACUGGUCACCCUCCUGGUGCCCCUGCUGGUGGCUCUCCUGCUCACUCUGGGGCUGGCCUACGUCAUGUGCUGCCGGCGGGAGGGACGGCUGAAAAGAGACCUGGCCACCUCAGACAUCCAGAUGGUCCACCAUUGCACCAUCCGCGGGAACACAGAGGAGCUGCGGCAGAUGGCAUCCAGCCGGGAGGUGCCCCGGCCGCUGUCCACGCUGCCCAUGUUCAACGUGCGCACGGGCGAGCGGCUGCCUCCGCAAGUGGACAGCGCCCAGGUGCCCCUCAUCCUGGACCAGCACUGAGGGCACAGCCAGGUGG